UGACCGACGAAUUGGGAUCCCUACCAAAGCGCCACAGGAGCUGCCCCUUCCAGUGCCCUGUGUAGGCCUCCUGACCCUUCCUAUAAGGCAGACGAUAGGACCGGGCUUUACACAGAGAGGGUCAACUACUGUUGUUCCUUGGGCAACCCAGACAGUAGGACUUGAAUAACACUGGGAAGCCUGCCCUUCCAUUUGGAAGAGGCACACUGCAGAGUCACCUCCUCCCAGAGGGGGUUAAGUGGCAUUUAGACAUGUGAAGUAACCCCGUAGGGCCCUAUUGCACAUGGAAGUCUCUGAGAUGGCUUAGGCUGCUGUGGCGAGGGGGGCAUGGCUCAGCGAGGUCUGCAGCGGGAGAGAGAGCUGGGAGUCGAGCGGUGAGUAAGUGGGUCAAGUGCAAAUGACAAACACCUGUGUCUUAUUCCAGUAAGUGGCGUGGGGAGAAGGUAUAAAAGACACCUGGGAACGUCAGAGAGGAGAGAGAGACCUACUGUGGACUGGAGGCUGCGAUCUGGGGAUUGUGCGAGUGUGACGUGUGCUCAGGAGAGCAGGACUGUUUCCGUGCGGAUGCACGAUUAUGUUGAGCGCUGAGAGCGCGACUUUCUGUUGUUUGAAAAACUAAAUAAAACCCCAGUCUCAGCCUAGCCGACCUCGUCCUCUUCCUUCCUACCCAUUGACUUUGUUACACUGGUGCCGAAACCCGGGAAGGAAGCAGGAGGGACGCUGCCAUCAUGCAGACUCCCACAAGCACGCCGUUUGCGGACGUUAUCUCAUCUCUUGCGGUCCUCCACCAAGAACAACACCAGGCGCUGCUGGACAUGCGGACUGACCAGGAGCACCGCUUCCAGGCCAUUUGUCGGGCGCAGCAGGAGGACCGCGAGACGUUCCGGAGCCACUGAACAAGAUGGGGGCUCAGGAUGACCACAAAGCUUUUUUAGAUCUCUUUGAGAAGACCGCGGAAGCGGGGAGGUGGCCUCGUGAACAGUGGCCGGUGCGUCUGAUACCCCUCCUAUCUGGGGAGGCGCAGGUGGCUGCGCAACAACUGCCCGUGCCGAACCUCCUGGUCUUCGAUGAUCUGAAGAGAGCCAUCCUCCAGCGGGUCGGCCGAAGCCCAGAGCAACAUCGCCAGCGGUUCCGUUCGCUGGUCCUGAGCGAUAGCGGCCGGCCCUUCGUGAUGGCACAACAGCUCCGGGACUCGUGCCGCAAAUGGCUGCUGGCUGAGGGAAGCGACGUCGACCACAUCAUCGACCGGGUGGUACUGGAGCAAUUUGUCACUCGCCUGCCAAGGAAGACUGCGGAGUGGGUCCAGUGCCACCGACCGACGUCGCUGGACUCAGCCAUCCAGCUGGCGGAGGAUCAGAUGGUAGCGUGCCCCGGGGUCGGCGAACAUCUUCCAGCUGUCUCUCUCUCGUCACCUUUGCUUUCUCCCUCUCUCUCUCUCUCUCCCUCUGCCGCUCGACCUGUUCCCCUUCCUAGGUCCCAUCCUCCAGGUCUUCCUCGGGUCCCACCCCGAGGACUGGGUGGGACUGGCCAGGAUUAUACCGCUGGUCCGAGAAUCCCGCCCAGGGGGGGCGGGGCGGACCUCCGCUAGGACCGAUACGGGCUCCGUUUCCCCGCUCUCCCCACGCCACUCACUUAACCCACUUCCUGCCACUAGGGCGGCGGGGAGGUCUGGGCCGGCCUGUUGGCGUUGCGGGGAUCCGGGGCAUUUUAUUGACAGGUGUCCGGUGAUGGAGGUGGGAACAAUGAUCCGGGUCCCGGAUGCACCGCAGGCUGCCCCCGAUCAGGCUGGCAGGUACCAAAUACCUACUGACGCGUCGGACAGGGGGCUGGGUGCAGUCCUGUCCCAGGAGAUAGAGGGGGAGGAGCGGCCGGUGCUGUACAUUAGUCGCAAGCUCUCGAAGAGAGAGACUAAGUACAGCACCAUAGAGAAGGAGUGUUUGGCCAUCAGGUGGGCCGUCCUCACUCUCCGAUAUUAUCUCCUGGGACGGGAAUUCACUCUCUGUUCGGACCACGCCCCUCUGCAGUGGCUCCACCGCAUGAAAGAUACCAACGCGCGGAUCACUCGUUGGUAUCUGGCUUUACAGCCUUUUAAGUUCCAGGUGGUCCACAGGCCGGGUGUUCAGAUGGCUGUG